GCGCGCCCCUAGUUCCCGGUCCCGCAUAGCAGCAGGCCACGGCCGCGCAGUACUACCCAGCACUUCCAAUUUCACAGGUUGCCCAUUACGCAGUCUCGCAGUAGACGCGCCGCGACGGAAAUCUGGACUUAACUUGGUCAACCGUUGCUUACCUAUCACCAAGUCCACCACCACCACAAGAGUCCCCGGCUCUCUUGUCAGGCGACCAAUUCAUCAUCAUCAAGUCGACCGAAAAUUCAGUUCCAAUUACUCGGGCUUCAUAUUCAUCUCUUUAGCGGCAGCUCUUCCGGCCCUGUUACUGACAGUUAGCUUGGAUACCUACCGACCAACUCCCCACCGAGUCGACCUUUGGCUUGGUCUUCGAGACCACACCUCGCUUCCGUCUAAAGAAUCGCCGUACCCAUUGACCCAUAUUCGAUACCUAUCGUCACGAUGCCGACAUCGCGCAAGCGGGCCCUCCAAGAGGCCGACACCAGCAACAAUGCGCAACCUCCCAAGGAGCCAUCCGUACUCCAUCGCAUAAGGAAUAUGUGGCAGUUUGCCAACCUUUUCCAGUUCGUCCUCUUGUUCGGAAAGGCGCUUAAACUGGACGACAGUCUUGACAUCGAGGACCUCGAGGCCGAAUGUCUAAAGCCAGGCUCAAUGGUCCUCCAGGACAUUGGCCUCGGUAUUCUCAAGUUUCUCUCGUCCCAUCGAGGCCUUACCCACGAUGUGUUCGAAGAGUACACCCGAAGACAGUUCCUUGCCAAAGCCCCCGAGAAAAAUCCAUUCGGAACCGAGGAUCUGCCUACCAAGUUUGCCGACUUCGACGUCUUCACAAAGAUCCGUGUACUCCAGCAAAUGAGCCAGCUUGUCAUGUGUACCCCCGAGCGCCUUCGCGAGAGGACAGAAGAGCAGAAAGAUAUGGACCAGACAAAUUGGCGAAUUGAACCAUACGGAUGGGACAGCGAAGAUCGUACGUACUUCGUAUUAGAUGAUAACCGCAUCUAUCGAUUGACCGAGGCCCCGGCCCCCGCUCCCAAACCCAAGAAGAACACCAAGAAGGCCAAGGCGGUCUCUCGAAGCAGCAAAAGACGUCGCGUCUCGGCAGCGGUCAGUGAGGAUGGCGAUGCUGGCGACGAGGACUCUGUGACAGGGCAACCAGACGGGCCUGAAGAUGACGAUCUUGGCGGAAUGAAAUGGGAAUGCCUCGCCGUCUCCUUAGACGAGGUUCGUCAAUUCCUAGCCACUAUCCAGAAAUCGAAGGAUCCGAAUGAGAAGAUUCUGCGCGAACAAAUCCAGGACCAUCUCGUCCCUAUUCUCGAAAAACAAGAGGAGUCCAAAAAGCGCAAACAGCUACAACGAGAGAAAGAACUUCAGGCACUGGAGAAGAUGGCGCACGCAAAACGAUCCAGCCGUAUUGCCGGCAAGCUAGAGCAACAGAAGGCGGAAGAACAGGCUCGGGAAGAGGAACGCAAGCGGCGAGAAGAGGAGGCUGCCAGGCGAAAAGAAGAGCAACGGCAAGCCAAGAUGGAGAGGGAGAGGGAGCGUCGACUUAUGUCAAGAGAAGAGCGAGUGAAAGAGCGAGAGAUUCGCCGUCUUCAGGCUGAAGAAGAGCUGGCGCAAUUGUCCGAGGACAGCAAAUCCGUCGGCUCAGGACCCGGCCGCAUGUCGGAGCGGCACCGACAAGCAGCGAUUGAGAAGAACAGGAGAGCUCUACAGGAGCUGCAAGACGAGGAAGAUGACUGGAUAUUUGAUUGCAUCUGCGGCGUCUAUGGGCAGGUCGAUGACGGAACACAUAGCGUUGCCUGCGAGAGGUGCAAUGUCUGGCAGCACAGCAAAUGCCUUGGUAUUGCCGAAAAGGACGCUGAGCAAGAAGAUUUCCAUUUCAUCUGCAGCUCUUGUCGCCGAAGCGAGGCAGAGAAACCCCAACAACCCCGGGUUAUCAAGCUGAAGGUCAACCGCCAUGCUUCAUCGUCCCCUCCUCCUCAGCAGGCGGUCAGUGGCAUCUCCCAGUCUCCAGCUGGCCGGUCACAGCUUGUUGUCGAGCUCGAGGCUCGGGCGACGUCUGGAUCGUCUACCGAUCGUAGUAGCGAGGAGAACCCGCGCUCUGGGUCUCAGGAUAGCCCAUCGGGGCAACAAGAGGCAGGGACCGAACCAACCAAUCUUCCCGGUGAGAAGGAGGGUGCGGCAAGACCGGUCACUGCGACGGGGUCUGUUGGGCAUUCGCCAGGGCGACGGGAGAUGAACCCAUUUUCAUCGCCGCAUCCCACUCUGUCUCCUCCCAACCAGUCACCCGGCAAGUUGAGAGCAUAUGACAGCAUAUUUGACCAUUCUGCCCCCUCUCCUGCUGUCGGCCGCGAAAAGUCGGCGCACCUCAGAGAGGAGGGCUCAUUGCCUGUGUUGCCGCCCCCUGCCGGAAACGGUCGUUGGGCCUCGCCCUCAAAGCAACCGCAACGGCCGUCAUCGCCUCUAGGAACAAAGAGCUCUCCUGCCGCAGGCGCCAGAAUAGUGAGCACGCCAUUGCCACAACUGACCCCUGUGCAAUCCGAUCCCCACGCCCGGAAUGGAGUCAUCGACCGGUCAUCACCCUUACCGCCCGCCCGCGGAGGGCUAUCGCCAACCAAGCAUUCGCCGCCUGUACCGCCGCGCCAUCAGGUGAACGGCUCUGCCAGUGCUGGUGCUUCCCCAUCGGGGACUGGUCGCGCCGCUCCAGUCUUCCCCCCUUCGGCAGCCCUUGCCCCUUCCCCUCAACAGCAAAAUUUGGCACCGCCGAUGAAGCCGGUAAAGCCUGUUGAGCCGGCGAAACCGUAGCCACAAACAUAGGAUGGACCGAUGCGUUAGUCAUAUUCAUUGCCAGCUCAAGGUUGAAUGACUCCCCUGGUGGCCACAGGUAGAAAAAUAAAAAAAAUAAAAAACAAGAUAAAAAAAGAAGAAGAAUCAGAUGAACACAAGCUAGUGGCAGGUUUUGCACUGCCAUUUGUGCCAAGUCAUGGAAGCUACAAAAUAGUGGUGUUCGACAUUCGGCUAUUUUUUCCCUUUGGAGGGACGCCGAGAACUGCUCAAAGAAGUGAUC